AUGGAGGCGAGCCAUGGACAGAAGGGCCGGGAAAGCAGGCGGCAAGUACUGUUUCCCUUCAUGUUGUCUUUAUUUUGUCGGGCUCUGGGCGAGCAGAUUCGCUAUUCGAUUCCCGAGGAGAUGGCGAAAGGCUCGGUGGUGGGGCAUCUGGCUAGAGAUCUGGGGCUCAGUAUCCGAGACGUGUCGGCUCGGAAGCUGCGGGUUAGUGCCGAGAAGCAGCUCUUUACUGUGAGCUCCGGCAGCGGGGACUUGCUUGUCAGCGACCGGAUAGACCGAGAACAGAUAUGCGGGGAAAUGGAGCUAUGCGAACUGCAGCUGGAAACGGUAGUAGAAAACCCCUUAAAUGUUUUUCACGCGAUUGUGGAGAUUCAAGAUAUUAAUGACAAUUCGCCUUAUUUCCAAGCAACAAACAUAAACUUAGAAAUCAAUGAAUGGUCGCUUCCGGGAGCGCGAUUUGGGAUGGAAGCAGCGUUAGAUCCAGACGUUGGGAUUAAUGCCCUAGAUAAAUACCAGCUCAGUCUGAAUGAACAUUUCUCGCUGGCUGUGAAGGAAAGCCCAGAUGGAAGUAAAUAUCCCGAGUUAUUGUUGGAGAAGCCCCUAGACCGGGAACAACAGAGUUUCCACCACUUAGUGUUGACGGCUAUGGAUGGGGGGGAUCCGGUCCGCAGUGGCACCGCCCAGAUCAGAAUCAACGUCACUGACUCCAAUGACAACGCCCCCGUGUUCAGCCAGGACGUGUACAAGGUCAGCCUGAGGGAGAGCCUGCCCCCGGGCUCCCCUGUGCUGCAGGUGAAAGCCACCGAUCCGGACCAGGGUGCCAACGCCCAAAUCAGCUACACCUUUAGCGGCUUGACUCAGGCUGUCCGAAACUCAUUCACUGUGGACCCCCUUAGUGGGGAAAUUAUAACCAAAAAGACGCUUGAUUUCGAAGAGACAAAUAGAUUCAAGAUGGAUGUUGAAGCAAAGGAUGGGGGUGGGCUCACUGCACAGUGCAGAGUAGUCAUAGAAAUUCUUGAUGAGAACGAUAACGCCCCGGAAGUGAUGUUUACUUCUUUAUCCAAAGAGAUUCCCGAAGAUUCUGAACCUGGGGCUGUCAUAGCUUUGAUAAGAAUCCGUGACCAAGACUCGGGAAAUAAUGGUGAAGUCAAGUGUCACAUAGAAGACGCUCUUCCUUUCAAAAUUGUCUCCUCCUCCAAAAAUUACUACAAGCUAGUGACGGACAAUGUCCUGGACCGAGAGCAAACGGCUGAAUACAAUAUCACAAUCACAGCCACUGACAGAGGAAAUCCCCCUCUCAUCACCUCCAAAACCGUCUCCCUUCUUGUGGCUGAUGUCAAUGACAACCCGCCCGUGUUCCUCCACACUACCUACGCGGCCUAUGUCCCGGAGAACAAUCGACCCGGAGCCUCCAUCUACCGGGUCAGCGCCUCCGACCGAGACCUGGACGACAACGCCCGCAUCUCCUAUUCCCUGCUGGACAGCUCCGAGUCCGAACUGCCGCUGUCCUCGUCCGUGUCCAUCAACUCUCACAGUGGGGACAUCUAUGCGCAGCGCUCCUUCGACUACGAGCAGUUCCGCGCCUUCGAGCUGCUGGUGCAGGCCCGGGACUCCGGCUCCCCGCCGCUGCGGGCCAACGUGACCGUGCACGUGUUCAUCGUGGACCAGAACGACAACGCCCCCCGCAUCCUCUACCCCUCCCUGGGGCACGACGGCUCGGCCUUGUUCGACACGGUCCCUCGCUCGGCCGAGCCCGGCUACCUAGUCAGCAAGGUGGUGGCGGUGGACGCGGACUCGGGCCCCAACGCCUGGCUGGCCUACCACGUGCUGCAGGCCAGCGUUCCCGGGCUGUUCAGCCUGGGGCUCCGCACCGGAGAGAUCCGGACAGCGCGGGCCUUGGCCGAUGGCGACCCAGCCCGGCACCGCCUGCUCGUGGCCGUGCGGGAUGGAGGCCAGCCGCCUCUCUCGUCCACCGUGGCUCUCCACCUGGUCUUCGCUGACAGCCUGCAGGAAGCCCUUCCCGAGCUGAACGACCGCUCCUCCCCCACCGCCAGUCAGACCGAUUUGCAGUUUUACCUGGUUUUGGCUUUGGCCUUAAUCUCAGUCUUAUUCCUCGUUACGGUCAUCCUGGCCAUCGCGAUGCGCUGCCGCCGCUCGUCGAAACCAGGAGUGUUCGGCUGUUUGAGGCCAGAUCUGUACUCCCAGUCAGCGGGGCCCGUCUUCCCUCCGAAUUAUGAUGAAGGGACUUUGCCUUAUUCCUAUAAUCUUUGUGUGGCUUCGGACCCCGGAAAGGCUGGAUUUGACUUUCUUCAACCUGGUGUUCCGUGCUCCCCUGCUCGGGAUCUUUCCCGCCAAGAUAUAUCUGGGGUAUUGCUCCCCCAUAUCGUAGACAGCGACCUACACUCGGAUGGGGACACCCUGAGAGAGAAGGUGAAUCAGGCGCCCAAUAGCGUCUGGUUCAGAGUAUCUCUCGAGGGAAAUGGAAGAGAAAUUCAGCAAAAGAACCAGCCCGCCCGGCGACACUGUUUUUCCAUCAUAAAGCACUGCCCCUUCAUAGGAACGCUCUGGCUCUCGGGCUGCGCGAACCAUCAGCUUUCCAGGGACCCAAAUUUGCCCCCGAAAACCGAUUUCCUCGGACAGUGGACGGAGGAGAAGUAA